GUCUAGUAGGCACCAGCACUCAGUUACUCUCUGGGAAUAGAAGGAGCGAGAGUGGGGAGCCCGGAAACUCACUUAUCGCGGUGUUUCUUCCCUCUUCACUCCCGAGGGAACUCUCGCGAGAGGAGCUUGGAGAAGAUGGCGGUCGCCUGUUUUUCGGAGUGAGGUAGAGGUGGUGGUGGCGGCUGCAGGAACUGGGAUCCUGGUGUCGUGGGCACUUGAAGCUCUAGCUCCCUCCAGCGAGCGCGCCUCCCUUCGUGCCUAGGCGAGAGCCUGCUCUUCUUCCUCUGGGAGAUGCGUUUGUCCCGGGCUAGGGGACGCUCUGGGAGUUCAUGCUGCGCUGGAGGCUCCUGGCCGCCGCUCUAAUCGUCUUGUGCCGCCGCAGCGCCAGCUCGGUCUCCGGCGGUGAGCCUCCCGGAUACUCCCCCUGCCCCUGGCGGAGGCAAUGACCGGGGAGAAGAUCCGCUCAUUGCGGAGGGACCACAAGCCCAGCAAAGAAGAGGAGGGGGACCUUUUAGAGCCCGGGGAUGAAGAAGCGGCGGCUGCCCUCGGCGGCACCUUUACGGGAGGCAGGAUUGGCACAGGCGGGAGCGGCAAGGGCGGCAAAGCCUGUCAUAAGAUCUUCAGUAACCAUCACCACCGGCUACAGCUGAAGGCAGCUCCGGCCUCCUCCAAUCCCCCCGGCGCCCCGGCUUUGCCACUGCACAAGUCCUCCGUGACUACCACCUCCCAGUCCCCGGCUGCUCUAGCGGGCACCCAUCCCAUUGCUGUCGUCGCAGAUGGAGGUAGUUGUGCCGCACACUACCCGGUGCACGAGUGCGUCUUCAAGGGGGAUGUGAGGAGGUUGUCCUCUCUCAUCCGCACUCACAAUAUCGGGCAGAAAGAUAAUCACGAAUGUGCCCAUUUACUUUUGGCUCACAAUGCUCCGGUAAAAGUGAAAAAUGCUCAGGGAUGGAGUCCUCUGGCAGAAGCCAUCAGCUAUGGAGAUAGACAAAUGAUUACAGCACUUUUAAGGAAGCUUAAGCAGCAGUCCAGGGAAAGUGUUGAAGAAAAACGACCUCGAUUAUUAAAAGCCCUGAAAGAGCUAGGUGACUUUUAUCUAGAACUUCACUGGGAUUUUCAAAGCUGGGUGCCUUUACUUUCCCGAAUUCUGCCUUCCGAUGCAUGUAAAAUAUACAAACAAGGUAUCAAUAUCAGGCUUGACACAACUCUCAUAGACUUUACUGAUAUGAAGUGCCAACGAGGGGAUUUAAGCUUCAUUUUCAAUGGGGAUGCUGCACCCUCUGAGUCUUUUGUAGUAUUAGACAAUGAACAAAAAGUUUAUCAGCGAAUUCACCAUGAGGAAUCAGAGAUGGAAACAGAAGAAGAGGUUGACAUUUUAAUGAGCAGCGAUAUUUACUCUGCAACUUUAUCAACCAAAUCAAUUUCUUUCACACGUGCCCAAACAGGAUGGCUUUUUCGGGAAGAUAAAACAGAAAGAGUAGGAAACUUUUUGGCAGACUUUUAUCUGGUGAAUGGACUUGUUUUAGAAUCAAGGAAAAGAAGAGAACACCUCAGUGAAGAGGAUAUUCUUCGAAAUAAGGCCAUCAUGGAGAGUUUGAGUAAAGGUGGAAACAUAAUGGAACAGAAUUUUGAGCCGGUUCGAAGGCAGUCCCUUACCCCUCCUCCUCAGAACACUAUUACAUGGGAAGAAUAUAUAUCUGCUGAAAAUGGAAAAGCUCCUCACCUGGGUAGAGAACUAGUGUGUAAAGAGAGUAAGAAAACAUUUAAAGCGACAAUAGCCAUGAGCCAGGAAUUUCCCUUAGGAAUUGAGUCAUUGUUGAAUGUUUUAGAAGUAAUAGCUCCCUUCAAGCACUUUAACAAGCUUAGAGAAUUUGUUCAGAUGAAGCUUCCUCCAGGCUUUCCUGUAAAACUAGAUAUACCUGUGUUUCCCACAAUCACAGCCACUGUGACUUUUCAGGAGUUUCGUUACGAUGAAUUUGAUGGCUCCAUCUUCACCAUACCUGAUGACUACAAGGAAGAUCCGAGCCGCUUUCCCGAUCUUUAACUGACCUGGAAAAUGAUGUCUCUUACCAAUGAAAGCAAGAGAAUACAGAGAACCCAGAACUGGAUCCAAAUAGAAGGGAUAAAUGGUUUCAGCAAAGAAAAGGGAAUUACACAUUGAAUUGAUACAUCAGUUAUAUUGUAUAAUGAAAUGGGCAUCUAAUAAGAAUUUCAGCAUUUCUUGAUGUGCCAUUUUCAGUCUUUUUAAAAAUAUAUGUAUUGUAAGUAUGAUAGUUUGACACCUUAAUAACCCUAAUACCUUCUCAUGUAAAACAGCUAUGAGUGCUGUGAUUUGUUUUUAAAAAUUUUUACACUUCUUGUCGAAAUAUAUAUGCAUAUAAAUAUAUAUAUAUAUAUCUAUAUAAAAAACACUCCUGGACCAUUAACAUAAAUUAAAUGUCUUAAGAGAUAUGAAGUCUUUUUAAACUUGUCAUCUUAUAUUCAAGGUGACAUUUAUAAAUAUUCCUUCAAGCUUUGUUUUCAUAAAAUAUAAACUAUGUAACAUUAUGUAUAGUUCAGUAAUUUGAAUGUUUGUUCAAUAUAAUGAACUAGAAGGAAUGCAGUUUUCUGUAGAUGAAUGAACCAAAUGGUAACCAUUAAACAAUUGCAUUUAUAUGUUGCAAUACAUUUCAGAAGGAGUGUUCACUCUGCAGGGAAUAAGGUACCUCCUUUAGCACCUUAGUGCAAUUCAUUGUGGUGCUAUUUGUUUUUACCUGAAUUCUUUAUUCAGUGGAAAAUGUUUGUUACUAAUCUUCCUUUCAUAGAACCUCUCUCUUUUUUUUUUAAUUUCUGAGUUUAAAAGUCCUUGUUAUAUGUUCAUAAGGUAUGGUUAGCAUGCUUAAAAAUAUUUAUCAUCCAAAUCAUAGCACUUUAAAAAAAAUUCCAAAUUUUUUAACUUGCUUCUUAGUAAGUGCACAUCAGUCUUAUUUUGUAUAUAGUGGACUGUCAAUGGGUUGGUGUCAAUUAAAAAAAAAAAACCACAUAUUUUGGACAUCCCUACAUAUUUAAUGCUUUCAAAAUAAGGUAAAAAACAUUUUAUAUGCUAACAGAAUGUAUUUGUUACAAGUUAAAUUCCAGAAACCUACAUAAGAGUGACAAUUCCUAUUGUUUAUUUUUUUAAGUCACAGGGAAAUAUUAAUUUUAAUUGUCUCCAAAUGUUAUAAUCAUGCGUUACUAAUUUUGCACUUAAAAUAUUUCAUGUUUAUUCCAGUAUGGUUUGAAGGUCCAAUAAUGAAAAUAAAUUAGGGAGAAUAAUGUUUAACAGUCAUUAAGUGUCACGUUGUAUUAAAGAGUUUAGUUAAUUUUUAAAAAAUGUAUCCUGAUGAGUUGUCAGAAUGCAUCUAUCAAAUUUUUUAGAGUGACCAGCAGUUUAAAUGGUUCCCAGGAUUUUAGAGAAUUUGAAAUGGGUUUAGAGACCUUUAUAGUAUCUUUAAAUAUAACAAUUUAAUAAUAGACGUCUUUAAAGUUGCAUAAUCCAUGCUCAUGCAUGCUACAUUAUAUAUGUUGAUAUUUUAUCAAAUACAUUUUAUAAUGAAGAAAAAUAAUCAUAGUUAACAAUUCAGAGACCUAAAUUUGAGGAAAAGUUGGUAAACUCAGACUAGCUUUUAUUGCAUAGAAAGUUGGUCCCUAUUAUUUUGGGAAUAGUUGUUAGAUCAAGUGAGUUGGAGACUGAAUUAUCUUUUCAGGGGUUCUGUGAAGUUUGAGACACUGAAAGCCUGAUCGCUGUUGCCCUUAGGCUCCCUCUGUGGUAACAGAGGACUAAAUCUCCGGACUAUACUGCAGAUUUUUUCGUAAGUGCUGACACCCAGAGGAGAAAAAACACGGUUAAUUGCACCUGAGAUUUAUUGACUUUGCUGUGAUACCCCGGAGGUAGGAAGACUACUGACAACUUCUGCACUUGGAUUUUAUUUUUCAUACCUUUUCUUUCUAAACGAACCUUAGGAAGAGAUUACCCAUUCCAAAAUGUUUUUUCUCUGGUCACAAAGGACAAACAAAUGUCAGUAUCUCUUAUUAUGGUGACUAUAAGGAGAUAAUGCAAAUAAACUUUUCACA